AUGCUAAAAUGCAGUAGUACCGACUUAUUCUUGCACUGUUGUCAAAAACAAUUUUUGAUGGGUGAAAGUGAGUGUCCGAAACGUGCAUGCUAUGGAUGUGUUUCGUUUUGUCUUAUCACAACUGGACUCGUUUUCACUGUAUUUGCGAUCUUCCAAAAAGACUCAGAGAUCGGCAAAGUUUGGUUGGCUGGCCCCACAACGAUGGUUGUUGGCCUGGUGUUAUGUGGCAAAGUUGUGAUCGAUUGGGGACCAGCAAUGGCGCACGCACGAGAUGGCUCCACUGAAUCACAAUUCAAUCAAGUCAGGAAACCAUUAGUUUAUGAGAUGAACAGUGACAGUCUUGGUUAUCAAACGAUCAGAAAGGUGACGAACGGUGAUUUAAUUCCUGGCCAGCAUAACGCUAGUGUAUCAGGCUGGAGGGGUAUGCCACGAAACUGCUCCAACAAUACGUCAUUUUCAUAUGAUCUUUGCGGCAAACGUUCCACUGAGGUUGAUUUCCAGAACUCGCUGUUAGUCGAGGGAGGAACAAGGAUGUAUCAAAGUGCCUUAAACACGGGUCUAAGAAGUGUCGAAAAACCGGUGCUUGAUCAACAGCACUUGUUACACCGAGUGGCUGUACAUCAAUCAAAAUCCCAUCAAGUCGCAUCACGCUGGUCAUCCAGAUCGGCGUCCGCGGAACGGAUGAUGCUACUGAUGAAUUGUCCUGUCGAGAAGAAUUCCGAUGAAAUCUGUGCUACACAUACCCCAUCAACUGCAUGCAACACUUCUCCGAACGCCACUUUUACUGAAGUCAAUUCAAGGAGGCAUUCAUCGCUUUCACACAACUAUUCUUACGGUGCCAUCACUCAUCAUUUGUGUUUACCAAACGCCCAUAAUCGUUUCAGUAGCACGCCUAGUGGUACUGGUUAUCAGGGUGAAACGUUUGUGCUCAACGAUCGAAGUUAUCUCAUCUAG